AUGAAAAACAUUUGUGAAGUGUAUCCAGAUGCAGUGAAAGCUCAUACAUGUCAGCUGUGGUUUAAAAGAUUUAAAGAUGGCAAUUGUGACAUGUCUGACAAAUCUCACAUAGGAAGACAACCCACUUUGAAUGAUGACCUUUUGAAUGAGACUAUUGUAUCAGAUCCACAUCAAAGCACCAGAGAUUUGGUGCAAAAAUUGAAUGUGUUAUGUUCAGCUAUCCACAAACAUUUAAAGCAAAUUGAGAAAACAUACAAAGAGAGAAUCUGGACUCCACAUGAGGCUAUGUUUGAGGACCAAACUCAAUGUCCCACCAUCUGUAGCUGA